AUGAGCUGGGAUUUCGACGAGCUGGACGGUCUUGAAGCCAGCAGGGCCUCUCAAGCGUUUGUUCCAAGUGGCGCGGCGCAUUCACGCUCGGUGCUUGGGGGUGGUCACGAGCCUGAGAUUGAAAGAUCGCGUCGUCGCAUUGAGGCCUCGAUGCAUGAAGGUUGGCAAAAGAUUUUGGGCCUCAAUCUACGCAAGCCCGAUUCUGCAAGCGUGAGGAAGGCCUACCAUAGCCUGGCGUUGCUACAUCAUCCUGACAAAAGCGGUUCGCAUGCAGACAUUGAAACUUUCAAGAUCGUGCACAAGGCCUACACCGAUGCUAUGGCAACAGUGUCGUUACAGGAGUCCACUUCUCUCUUAGCUGGUGUGACGGGUACAGGAUGUAGUGCAUCCGACCACGGCAGAAAGUGGCCUUUGGGUUCUUCUUGGUCCAAGGAGCUGGUUCGUGCAGCAGUGGACGAAUGGGAGCACGACUACGAUGACGGCAACGUGAACUCCGUGCCCGAUUGCAUUCCUGAGGUUGAAGCCAUUGAGCUUGCCAGCUGGCUCCAAGCCGGAAAAUGUGUGGCGGCGGACUGCCGGGAAGCCAUUGAAGCCAAAUACGAGCGAAGGGAGCCGCUGAUCCCGAAAGCGCUUCGCGUCGGCUUUGGCGACUUGCGGGCCCUGCCGCACACUUUGCUGAACGAUCUGUCCCAGCUGAGGCGCAGCGAAUACCACAUCGUGGUGUUCUCCACCCAUGGCGGAACAAGCGGGAACUGCGGUAUGUGCGCUGCUUUGCUCAUUGACGUCUUUGGAUUCGAUGCCUCACGAAUCUGGCGAUUGGAAGAAGGUCUCGAUGGAUGGAUCGCCUGGGCCGCAGCGAACCCUUCCAGCCAGAUCAAUUUGCUGUAG